AUGCUACGCGCGCGAGGAGCGGUGAGCCGACCCGCUUCCCGAGUCGCAGAGAGCGUUCGUCGAUUGAAGAUGUUCGCGGUGACGGAGGGAGAAAGGGAGGGCUUUAAUAUGAUCAAGAAGGUACCGAAGGCGACAUUCCAUGAGGGAUACGAGACGUGGCUGGUUACAGAGGCGAAGACGAUCUUGAAGGAGUGCAUGGGAUCCCGGGCGUUGUUGGAGUUGGAGGAGGAGAUGGUGUCGUCGGUCAAGAAGGUGCCGAAGGUCAAGAAAGGGCCGCCGGUCGAGGUGGUGCAAGAAAACAAAGGGUUCAUGCGACCCUGA